AGAUGAUUCACUAGAGAUGAGCUUGAAAUGGUUCUUGAUCGGCAAGUGAGUGAAGCAUCUUCCUGAAGUACAACUAAGGACAGUACCCACCACUAGGUGCAAACACCACCAACUUACAGGACUAUGGAGAUGAUCUGUUGGAUGCUGAAAAUGUCUCUAGUUUUUUGACAACGGUUAAAUAACCAUGGGGUCAAGUGGACUGGGGAAAGCAGCAACACUAGAUGAAUUGCUGAGCACGUGCAUCGAGAUGUUCGAUGACAAUGGAGAGCUGAAUAAUAGUUAUUUGCCAAGGAUAGUUCUACUGAUGCACCGAUGGUAUUUAUCUUCCACUGAACUGGCAGAAAAACUUCUCUGCAUGUAUCGAAAUGCCAGUGAAGAAAGGUGCGAUGAAUUUAGAUUAAAGAUCUGUUAUUUCAUGAGGUACUGGAUUCUGAAGUUUCCUGCCGAGUUUAAUUUGGAUCUUGGUUUGAUUCGAAUGACUGAAGAAUUCCGGGAAGUAGCUAGUCAAUUAGGAUAUGAAAAACACAUCAGCCUCAUCGACAUAUCCAGCAUUCCUUCCUAUGACUGGAUGAGAAGAGUCACACAGAGAAAAAAAGUAUCCAAGAAGGGAAAAGCCUGUCUGCUAUUCGACCAUCUGGAGCCCAUUGAAUUGGCUGAGCACCUCACUUUUCUGGAGCAUAAAUCUUUUCGAAGGAUCUCGUUCACCGAUUACCAAAGUUAUGUCAUCCAUGGCUGUCUGGAGAAUAACCCAACCUUGGAGAGAUCUAUUGCUUUAUUUAAUGGAAUCUCUAAGUGGGUCCAGCUGAUGGUUCUUAGCAAACCAACCCCACAGCAAAGGGCGGAAGUCAUCACAAAGUUUAUCAAUGUUGCCAAGAAACUUCUUCAGCUCAAAAACUUUAACACCCUGAUGGCAGUGGUAGGAGGCCUUAGUCACAGCUCCAUUUCACGCCUCAAAGAGACCCAUUCUCAUCUUUCUUCUGAAGUUACAAAGAACUGGAAUGAAAUGACAGAGCUGGUCUCCUCCAAUGGCAAUUACUGCAAUUAUCGCAAGGCCUUUGCCGACUGUGAUGGCUUCAAAAUCCCCAUCCUUGGUGUCCACUUGAAAGACUUGAUAGCGGUCCAUGUCAUUUUCCCCGACUGGACGGAGGAGAAUAAAGUGAACAUUGUGAAAAUGCACCAGCUCUCUGUUACUUUGAGCGAACUGGUCUCCUUGCAGAGUGCCUCUCACCAACUAGAGCCCAACAUGGAUCUGAUCAACCUGCUUACGCUUUCUCUGGACCUCUAUCACACAGAAGAUGAUAUUUACAAACUGUCACUGGUGCUGGAACCCAGAAAUUCAAAAUCGCCUACCUCCCCCACGACACCCACCAAGCCAGUGGUGCCCCUGGAGUGGGCAUCAGGAGUGAUGCCAAAGCCAGACCCCACGGUUAUCAACAAGCACAUCAGGAAGUUAGUGGAGUCUGUGUUUAGAAACUAUGAUCAUGACCAUGAUGGGUAUAUUUCUCAAGAGGACUUUGAAAGUAUAGCUGCCAAUUUUCCCUUCUUGGAUUCCUUCUGUGUGCUGGACAAAGAUCAGGAUGGCCUAAUUAGUAAAGAUGAAAUGAUGGCUUACUUCCUGAGAGCUAAGUCCCAACUACACUGUAAAAUGGGACCAGGAUUCGUCCAUAAUUUUCAGGAGAUGACCUAUCUCAAGCCGACCUUCUGUGAACACUGCGCUGGAUUUCUCUGGGGCAUAAUCAAGCAAGGAUAUAAAUGCAAAGACUGUGGAGCCAAUUGUCACAAACAGUGCAAAGACCUUCUGGUUCUGGCCUGCAGAAGAUUUGCCCGGGCACCCUCCUUGGGCAGCAAUCAUGGCUCUCUGCCUGGAAGCCCCUCUUUGCCCCCAGUGCAAGAUGAGGUGUUUGAGUUUCCUAGUGUCACUGCUGGACACCAAGAUCUAGACGGCAGAGCCAUCACGUUAGUUACAGGCUCUUCUCGAAAGAUCUCUGUGCGGCUGCAGCGGGCCACGACCAGCCAGGCCACCCAGACUGAGCCUGUCUGGUCAGAAGCUGGGUGGGGGGACGCAGGGUCCCACACCUUUCCCAAAAUGAAAUCCAAGUUCCACGAUAAAGCCACAAAAGACAAAGGCUUCGCCAAAUGGGAGAAUGAGAAACCCAGGCUGCAGGAGGGUGUGGAUGUUGUGGACCGGGCCACUGAGUUUGAACCUGACCAGGACGAGGAAGACAUGGAGGAGACCAGACAGGACGGUGAGGAUGGCUGACUUUGGGCUGAGGACAUCGAAGGUAAUGCUGUUGGUAUCUGGAAGGAGUAAGAUGAGGAGCUCUGAAGAACACUCCAAAUCUCAGGAAGUUUCUGGAAAGAUACCUGGAUGUUUACUGCCUGUGACACCAUGGGAUGUGCCUGAUUCUACUAUGGGACAGAGGAUUUACCCUACAAACUAUUUAUUUCCUCCUCCCCUGCCCCUAGUUAGGUGUUAUGAAGGCUGUGUUAUAUAAUCGGUAAUUUCUCAUUUAUCUUUCUCUAGAGACAUUUAUAUACGGGUGAAAUGACAGCUUUUGUGCAUGUACUUGAUACUCUCAUUCUCUAAACUCAGACUUUAUUCAUUUUGUGAGAAUAUUAUUUCAAGAUUUUUUAUAAACACUUGCGGGCAGUGGGGGGCAGGGAGGUUGCUUAACAAAGAGUCUAUUCAGAAGUCUUGUGUACUGUUUUGACGGGACCAAGACUAAACAUUUUCUUGAGGGACAAGAAGUUCUUCAGAUCCUGGAAUGCAGUGACCCCCUAAUGAUGAUCUGUUGCCAGAAGGAGUUGUUUACAUUGUUCUUACUGUACAUGUACGAUUUUGUAACAAGUCACACGUUCAUAUUCACAUAACUCUUACUGAUUCUGCAUCACUAGGAUGCCAUGACACAGCCUCCUAAUAUUUAUGAUUGUCAUGGGGGAAAGUUAAUGAUUUCUCACCUAUUUUUAGCCACUAUUAUUAAGACUCCUGUUAAGAUUGCUCUUAAGAA